AUGUCAUCAGCAAUAAUUAUCUCGAUAUUCUCACAGCUAUCUUGCCUCUUGGCAAAUACAAAUUCGCAAUGCUCAAGGGAGUUCUUCAAUGAGAGUCUGCGUACCAAGGCGCUCUAUCUAUCUCAACAGCUUACAGCAGCCCUUCAAAAGCCAGCUGAUGCUGCUUUGGAGCUGGCUCUACUGCCCACCAUGUCCAUCUGUGUCCGAAUCGGGAUUAAACUAGGCAUUUUCACGAUUUUAGCUGAGAGCAACACCCCCAAGACGGCUCACCAGCUUUCUGACGAAACCAAGGCUGAGAAGCUACUCAUAGUCCGUAUAAUGCGUGUUCUUGCUACAAACGGCACUGUUGAAGAGAUUGGAAUGGAAGAGUAUAGAGCCACCCCGAUCACUUGUGCGCUGGCCAAACCCGCAAUCCAAGCAGGCCACAUUCAUUUCUGGGACCAAUACGUAUGUUCUCUGUCCAAGUUUCCCCAAUACCUCGAAGUUCGGGGUGCGGCCUGCCCUAGUGAUCCCAACAACGGCCUGUUUCAAUUUUCACACGGGACUUCUCUUGAAUCAUUUGAACUAUGGCGUUCUAAGCCUGCCAUUCUCGACAAUUUCAAUACCUUCAUGGAAGGUGUCCGGGGCGAUAAGCCGUCCUGGGUCGAAUGGUUUCCCAUUCAGGACACCAUCCUCACAGGUUCUGACCCCGCCUCCGAAGCUCCGAUCCUGGUUGAUGUUGGGGGCGCCCGCGGCCACGAUCUGAUUGCAUUUGAUGAACGCUACCCGCAACCUCCGGGUAAACUCGUUCUCGAAGACCUGCCUGCUGUGAUCGAUGAUAUUCGAAGCCUUGACCCAAAGAUUAAGCGAUUGAAGUACGAUUUCUUUCAGCCUCAACCCAUCAAAAGUGCAAGGGUAUACUUCUUCUGUCACAUAUUCCACUGCUGGCCUGAUAAGGACUGCCUCAGGAUACUAGAGAAUUUGCGCGGAUGUAUGAAGAGAGGAUACUCCAAAGUCAUCAUUAAUGAGUUCAUUUUGCCAGACGAAAAAUGCUCUUUCUACCCAGCGAGUCUAGAUUGGGUCAUGUUGGGUCUGCAUGCAAGUUUAGAUCGCACUGCGGGUCAGUGGAAGGAGUUACUGGAGACUGGUGGGUUUAAGGUUGACAAGAUCUGGAUGCCUCCUGGAAAUGGAGAAGGUGUCAUUGAAGCGUGUGUAUCUGAUGUUGGGCUCUAG